CUCAUCUUCUUCUUCUUCUUCUCUGCCGCCCCACGAGCCGUGCCGUUUUCCCUUGGCUUGGAGUUGGACACCACACCACACCGGCGGCAGAGGAGAGGACAUGGAUUUCUUGCGGCGCGGGGUGGAGCCGAUUCGAGCGACGCAGAUCCGCUCCGUGCUCGCCCAAACCAUCAGCCUAGGGAUGAUUCUGGCGUCGGCAUUGAUCAUCUGGAAAGGACUGAUGGUCGUUACGGGUAGUGAGUCACCGCUUGUGGUGGUUCUAUCUGAAAGCAUGGAGCCUGGAUUCAAAAGGGGUGACAUCCUGUUUUUGCACAUGAACAAGGACCCUGUCCGAGCGGGAGAAAUAGUUGUUUUCAAUGUUGACGGACGUCCUAUUCCAAUUGUUCAUCGUGUGAUCGAGGUUCAUGAACGCCAUGAUACGGCAGGAUUUGAUAUCCUCACAAAAGGUGACAACAAUCUUCAUGAUGACCGAAUGCUAUAUGCACAUGGGCAGCUUUGGAUUCAGCAACAGCACAUCAUGGGGCGGGCUAUCGGCUAUCUGCCUUAUGCUGGGUGGCUUACAAUUGCCAUGACGGAGAAACCAGUUCUCAAGUACGUGCUGAUCGCUGCACUGGGGCUGCUGGUGGUAGCAUCCAAAGAGUGAAGCUCAUCCAAGAAGAGGAGCCAGCUCAACUGGGAAGGGGAGGCUACACAAUCUGAGUACAUGAAUGCUUGUAGAGUAGUCUUUUUUUUCUUCUUCUAACGAUGACCCAAGAACAACAGAUGGGGAAAUUCAUCCUCUAUGUAUGGCAAUUGCCGAGGGAUGAUCUGUCUUUACAUUGUUACAGCUAACGAUAAAUGAUGUUACUAAUUUGUCUCCA